AUGUCGCUUUCAGGGAUUCAGAAAAUCACGAUGCUCUCUUGCCUCGUCCUCUCCAUGGCUCUGUUUUUGCCCAAACUGUUUUCAUCUGCAGUAAAGGACAAGGAGGUUCUUCAUUCAGAGGCAGUUGGUCCUGGAAGUCUUCACGGCCGUGGAUCUUCAGGAGAAGAUCAGGGGAGGCCCGAUUCACUUUAUACCACGAGUCCAAACCUCAGGUCCUUUCCUCAGACCAAGCCUCCUCAGAAAGCUAAACUCCUCGCCCGAGUCGCUCCGGUUUACGGCUUUGGAAUUUUCCUCUACAUCAUUUACAUAUUCUAUAAGUUUUCCCAUAGAGACCCUCGUACAGCACAGAGACGCAGCUUCUCCAUCACGACCCCGGAAAACACAGACCAGGACCUGCCAGAAGAUGAGAUGACGAAGCUACAGACCAGAAUAAAACAGAUGGAUGGACAGCGAGAGAGAAGAACAUCAAAAUCUUUUCAAAAUCCUGUAAGGUGUCAUAAAUACAGAGGUGGACAGGAGAAGAGAAAACUCCAGCACCUGAGAAAGAUCACAUACAUGGUGGUGGAGGAACAUCCACUGGAAGACAUGACCCCUGAGGUGGAAGCUGAGGAAACUCCAUAUUCUGCAGACUGGGAGGGUUAUUCAGAAGAGACGUUUCCUCGAUACAUGGUGCCACUUCGCAGAUGUCGAUAUCCAAGUGUCAUCUUGGAGGAGCCAUAUGGAGAUGUUCCUACACCCGAGGAACUGGCUGAAAGAAUACACAGAGAAGAAGAGGAAGAUGAAGAAAGUGAAGAAGAGAGUAAAGAAGUGAAGUAUGAGGCCAUUGAAGACAAAGAUGAUCCUAAAGGGAUGAGUGAGGAUGAUGAACUCAAGCAGGAACUGGAACUGGAAAAAGGAGAAGAAGUAAAUGAUAAUGAAGAUGAUGCUGAUGAAGCAGAUUAUAGAGAUAGCGAAGAAGAAAAGGAGGAUCAUGAAGAUCAAGGUUGUCUGGUACAUAACUCCACUGAUGAAGAGGAGACACCUGAUACAACUCAAAAAGAGAAGGAAAGAAAAAUAUUCAGCCAGAGAAGACGCCUAACGUUCAGUAAUCACAGGCACCUCUUCGAUUAUCCAAAUAGAGGCACUGUUGGCUGCAGUUCUGAAGAUAAGGAAGAUGCUAAUGAUGAUGAUGAGGAGGAGGAUGUAGAGGAGAAUAAGCAGGAUGAAGAUGAUGAUCUAAAGGAGAUGGAGGAGGAAGAUGACCCUCUGAUGGAGGCUGAGCGCCUUGGCUUCAGCACUGGGUUCACUAGUGAACCUGAAGAACAGGAAGUUGAUCUGUUUAACUUCCUUCUCACAUACAAACCUGAGACUGUGAUGAACUCUGAACACUCAGGAGCAGCUGAAGCUCCUGGGCUCAGGAUGCGCUACAAGAACCUGAAUAAGAAAAACUGA